GACAGAGCGAAAGAAACAAGGCUGAAUCAACUCCACAGAAGAGAGAGAGAGAGACUGGGUUUCUGCAUCGGUAUGCCUGCUCCUGCUCUCUAAUUUCCACUCCAUACGCCGCUGCUGCCUCUGAGGAGAACUGGACUCUGUUUGAAAUGCCAAUCACCUGCUUGAGGCUACUCCUAAAUCUGCAAUCAUUUACAUUUAACAUUUAUACUCUCUGUUCCCAGAGUGAGAGAGACCGAGUGAGAAGAGUGGAUGAGAAUUUCCUUGCUUUUCUCCUUUCUGCUGAAGUUCCUGUGAAGAUUAGCAGAGUGGGUGGUUUCGACUCUUUCUAUCCGUCUGAUCUGUCCGUGUUUGGAGGAAAAGACUGAAGGAGAGGACACAACAGUCUCUUGAAACAUCGGACUCUAUAUCACCUGAGAUAUUGGGGAACUUGUGCCUGCAUUUGAAUGAAACAAACAGGUAUUAUAAUUUAGUAAGCCGAGAUGAUGAAACUUGUUUGACCGUUCUGAUAGCAACAGGCACAGCGCUGGGUCUUUUCAGAGGAGAGAACAAGGGGUAGGAUGAGAGCCUGCCAGAGUAUUUGUCCUCUAUCUGUGUUCUUCUUUGUGUGUGACUCCUCUGUGUCUGUGCAGUGAGGGGUGCCCUGGGGGACACCCUAGUCCCUGAUCGUGGGUGAGGGCCUCACAUUGCUGCUGACAUGGCAGAGGGUACACAGCUCCUCUCUUUGGGGCACCAGCCUGGUCUGCUACUGAGCUAGGACUUGGACCAGCCAUUGACCAUCCCCAGCCAAGUUCCAGUCCUCUGUCUCUGGAUCUGGUUUCAGACCAGGGGCUUUCAGAAGGCUCCCUGGCUGCAAGAUGAUGAACUCUUCCUUGGACCUGCCGGACCUUGAGCUCCUGAACCAGAGCAGCCCUCCGUUCUGCCUCCUAGACAUGGGCUACUCCCAGAUCUUCAACACCUGUCUUUUAGAGGUGGCCAUCAUCUUGCUCCUCACCGUUCUCAUCAUCUCUGGCAACCUGGUGGUGAUCUUUGUCUUCCACUGUGCUCCACUGCUCCACCACCACACCACCAGCGCCUUCAUCCAGACCAUGGCCUAUGCAGACUUGUUAGUCGGGGUCAGCUGCCUCAUCCCCUCCCUGUCCCUCCUGCACCACCUGAAAGGCCUGGACGAAGAGCUCACCUGUAAGGUGUUUGGUUACAUGGUUUCUGUGUUGAAGAGCGUUUCCAUGGCAUCACUGGCGUGCGUUAGCGUGGACCGCUACAUGGCAAUAACACGGCCGCUGUCGUACCCGACACUGGUGACACCGUGCCGGAUCCGCGUGUGCAUCCUCCUCAUCUGGCUCUACUCCGCCCUCGUCUUCCUGCCCUCCUUCUUCGGCUGGGGGAAGCCUGGUUACCACGGCGACGUGGUGAAGUGGUGUGCUGUGGAGUGGGGGACAAAGCCGCUCUUCACGUGGUUCAUCGUGGCGCUGCUCUACGUGCCGGCCGCCAUGACGGUCUGCUUCACCUACGCCAACAUCUUCCGUAUCUGCCGGCAGCACACGAGGGAGAUCAGCGAGCGCCGCGCCCGCUUCGGACCACAGGAGGGCUCUCUGGGACAGGACGGCCAGCCGCAGCAUGCGCCGGCGUGCACGGACAAACGCUACGCCAUGGUGCUGUUUCGCAUCACCAGCGUCUUCUACCUCCUCUGGCUUCCCUACAUCUUGUACUUCUUGCUGGAGAGCGCUGGAAUCUACCGUCACCCCGCCGCCUCGUUCCUCACCACCUGGCUGGCUAUCAGCAACAGCUUCUGUAACUGUCUGAUCUAUAGUCUAACCAACAGCGCCUUCCGGAAAGGUUUAAAACGUCUCUGUUCGUUCUGCGUUAAGAGGGUGGACAGUAAGAAUCCUUUUGGCCCUGGGCCGGGGCACGGACAGGGGCCGGUCUGCACACGCUCCACAUGCCAUGUGUAGGACUUCCCAGAGACCCGUGUGGCGGUCGAGUCAGAGUGGCGUGUUGCUAAAGCACUAAGCGUGUCCCCUGUUGAUGCUGAGCUAAAGGGAACAGGCUUCACAGGGAGUUGUGUUGCUAUGGUUGUUUCCAGACAGUUGGAGGUUUGUUGGAUGGUUGUGUUCCUGGCCACAGCUGACUCUGACAGGAUUGCCUCCAGGGCCUGAGAGCUUUGAGCCCUGCAUGGGAAGUAUAGCCUAUCCUCAGCCAUGAGAGAGGUAGAACAGGGAGGGGGAGUGAGAGUCAGAAUAGGGAUGUGGAAUUACAGUACCCUAACCUUUGACUCCAGUUACGUAUGACAGAGCUAUGGCUACGUUGUUUCAGCGUUUGGCCGUGGAUGGAGUGUCAGUUGAUUGAACACCUCCCUUCUGACAGUACUUGCCAAAAACACAUGUUCUUAUGGAAAAAAAUAUGUUCAAGACUCUGUGUAUCUUCCUAGCAGUUUGUGAAACAAUGUGUAUUUGUGCCAUGACUACAGUGUAUUAAAUGCAACAAAGUACUCACAUAGUUUAAAAAACUGCAAAACACUUUAAUACUGCUUUCUUAUGCUGAGCUGAGGGGAGCUGCCAAUAACAACUUAUUUAAAUGUUUUCCCUUGUGGUUUUUAUUAAAACAAGGAAACAAAAUAUUUACAAUAUUGUGUGCUGAAGGGUGCAGCAAGCUCAGACUCUGAAGAGAAGCAAGUACUCCAUAAUUUAUUUAUAUCUGGGUUGUUCUGAGGCAGAGGUACGGGCAGAGAAAGAGAGAACCACUUUGUUUAGAGGUUCAAACACCAGGAUUAGUUUACUACUGAGGGAUCAGAGUAAUCAUUGACUGGAUGACUUUUGUUUCAACAAGCUUCCUUAUCAUCAGAGCCUGUCUGACUCUGUAACCAAACUACAUUACAGACAGUACGUUCCAGUUCACUUAUGAGGAGAAUUUAUCUCUGAUAUUAUAUGCUUGUUUCUGUGCAUCUACGUCUCUGCAACGGUCUCGCUGCCCUGGAAAAUAGACUCGAAGCCUAAAACGAUGCCGCUUCAAGCGAGCCUCGCUUCACAGACGUGCUGCUUUUGCAUGCUGUAUAGCAUGUCUCAUAGAUAAUCGUGAGUUGUUAAACUGCGGCUCGCGUUACGGAGACGUUAUGGUGACGUGACGGCGUUGGUAUAGUUUGGCCAUGGGUUAAUGAAAGUGAAUGUUGAUGGUGAAUGUUUAGAAAGCUGUGAGCUGUUGUUAGCUGAGGAACAUCUGCCUCUGGCCAAUCGUAAACGUCUUGUCUGUCUAUCGACCACCCUCCACCUUUUGGGUAUGUCCCAAUUGGCACCCUAUUCCCUAUAUAGUGCACUACUUUUGACCAGAGCCAAUAGGGCUCUGGUCAAAAGUAGUGUACUAUAUAGGGAAUAGGGUGCCAUUUGAGAUGCAGACUGUAACGCAAUAACUUGUAGGGCUGCAUUACUAUACAGUACAAUGAAACAGAUAGAAAUGAAGAUCUCAGUGUUCAACUGUUUUUGGUCGAAUGUUACUAGAUAUUUAUUCGACUUUUCACAGGCUUUGGCUUCUUGACACUUUUCUCUCUGCUUAUGGUAGCCUAUUCCUCCAUUUGGGAGCAAAUAUACUAUAUAAUUAGUAGCUUUAAUUUCUUAGUUGACAAAAAUUGAGUAGUUAUUCGAUUUGGUAUAUUUGAAGAAGAACGAGACAGAAUGAGAGAUGUAGAGAAAAAUAAAGUGUAAUUUAGGGUGAUUUACUUUUUUUGAUGGAAGUUUUCAUGUUAGGAAUUUUGCGGUGAUGACGGUAUGGACAGACAUUGAGUUGGACUAGUGUAUUGUUAUGCUGCCUCUACAAUUAAUCCAGUGCUGUUCAUCUGGACAUAGGCUAAGGGUCCAAGGUUACAUUUCAAAUUUGUACAUAGUCUUAUGCAUGUUUUGCCUACUGUAUUUAUUUGAUUAGGUGAUUUGAAUAAGAAAGCUGACAAUUCAAACUAUUGUCAAACUAUUGUCUAAAGUACAAAUGCUUUUGGAGACUGUCUUCACGCGGUCAAAGGGCACAGUGCAAUACGGUCAUUGUUCCUCCAUUUUGUCAGUUUUAUUGAAGACCGACAAAACACAUAGGCCUAUAUCACACAGACACAUUUAUUGUGGAUGUAUUAUUUUUUUUUUUUUUACAUUUUACCACUGUUUAUUGAAACAAUAAAUGUCUAUUUGUUUCUGUCUAUUGACCAUGUGAUGUUCUUGGACUGUUAGUGAUAUUCUGGUAAUAAUAGGGUUUCUGCCAGAGUCGUCACACAUAGUUCACCGUUUUAUUGCGUUCACAUGACUUUCUCCCUGACUCUUCUGCCCUUUGGGGAUGGAUGUGUGUGUGUGGGGGUGGGUGUUUUGUAUGCCAGUGUGUUUGAUGUGCAAAGGUAUAGGUUUCUUAUAGAUGUGUUGGGUCUCUUUUGGUGUGUUGGACACUGACAGGCAGCUCAAUUCUCUAAAAUAAUAUAGUUGUUCAUGGAAGUAUGCCAAAUAUUGAUUGGGUUUCCUACUACUGUACUUUCAAACUGGCUCUUAUUUUUUCAAAUACUGACCACUUAGUAUUCAGAUGAGGUGGAUUUCUACUUCUUAAACAAUUCCUUAAGUUUUUAUACCGUUUUCCAUGCUUUCAGCUUCAUGGAUGUACUGAUAUUAUUGUGUAUUUAAAAGAAAAUUCAGGUGUCCUUCUUUUGAGGCAGAUAUGAGUGCAACAUUUGACAGUAUCUCCAUCCAGGUGUCAGUUAGUUGAACUCUAUUCAAUCCAGCAGUCAGUUGACGGUACUUUAGAAAGGGGCAAAACUGGGGGAAAGGUUUCUUGCUUUGCUAGUUGGCUGAUGUACGUUUUCGGGAAAUUUCAAUGCCAAAACGCCACUGCACGUCCCUUUCUAUUUCCUGUGGGAAAACAUCAAAGGGAUAGUGAUCUCGGGGACCCAAACUCCCAUGAUGACCUGCUCUCUACAGUGCCAUAUUAGGACGUUUUAAGACCUGAUGUGAUGCUGGGAACGUCCAUGCCAAAUCUGGGACAUAGUGUUAUGGCCCAAGCUUUACUAGAGGACUACACACACACAGGCACACACACACACAGGGUGCACGUAUACACACUCACUCACUUCACUCACUCACUC